GGACCCUCCCGACCUAUCAGCUGUUUUCUAGUCUUCAUCAUCGAAACAGCUGAUUGUCAUUCGUGGCGUGUAGCUUAUCACUUAGGCGUAACAAGCUAGAAACAUAACAGAUGUAUGAAUUGCAGUUUUCAACACUCAUGUCCAAAAACAAAACGGUAGCUUUGCCUUAGAACGUCUGGGACAAUCUCUGUGAAUACAUGCAAAGCUAUUUAAUUAAAUAUCCAAAUUAAUACUAAAUCCCGAAAUCCUUAAGCAUGAUUGACAAUGGUUCUUUAGAAAAUGCACCAAGUAGGUUCAGGCGUUACAGUAUCACUAAUUUCCCAAGUCCCUAAUUCUAAGUUAUGUGGUAGCAACCAAAGUCCUGGUGUCCUACAAUGUAUAUGCAGGUUCAUAUUGUCUCAGCAAUCUAAAAUCUAUGGCGGAUUAGUUGAAUAUAUAGAUGGAGCUAGUGUCGGGACACCUAGAAUUAAUAAGAAUGAAGGGGAUAAAGCGUUUACCAAGGCAUGUUGCUUGCUCGAUUAACACAUUUUCUUAGGAUAAUUGUUGUGAUGAUGUUCGGCGAAGUUCUCAGUGCGAUAAAUUGACGCUAACCAUCGAAACACUUUUAGUCGGAGAAAACUGUUUAGAACAUUGUGGAGAUAAUCAGCUUCCUGUCUAUGUUAUGGAGCAAUGGACAGCCCAAGUUCUCCCUCAGAAUUUAAAAAAUAGGGGAAUCUCUAUUUCCGGUUGUCAGAUUGAGCUCUUGGACUAUAUACAAACAUCCCCUUUAAUGGCUGCAAUCAAAGAACCAGGUCGUCCUCGCAGAUAUAAGCUUACUCACAGAUCCUAUGUAUGUGAUCGCAUUUCUCAAGUGGGUGAUUCUUUUCUUAUGGAUGCAUCAGAUAUACUGAGUAUGGACUGUUUAAGUGACAGGAAUAAAAACAGUCAAGAUGAUGAUCAUGAUGGUAGUUCAGUCUCAAAAAUAGUUCGUCAGAUGGAUGGUUGUGAAAGUCCUAUUAAACGAGUUUUUACACCUGUUUGUAUUAGUGAAAAGGAGAUUUUGCACAUCACUGUUGUAACGCUAAAACAUCUUCCCCAACAGUUUAUUGGUUGUCCACUUUGCCUAAAUUCAACUUACUCAACGAAUAAAGAUAGCUUCACUAUGCUUAGUCGUGCUAGAUGUCAUUCACCUGAAACUCUUGUAGACUUGGAUGUUCGUAAAAAGAACACUACACUUGUUUCUCGUACAACCUACGGAAAGCCUAAUGUACAUCCGCCAAACCUUCUUAACUUACCUAAAUGCUCUUCAAACGAAGAAGUUGUCAGAAGUCCUAUUGUUGUCAUGGCAGAUACAGAAGAAAAGUUUAUACAAUCUACGUUUGAUAACCCCUUUUACAGCAUCCUACCACCCUGCUCUUCUUUGGAUUGUACCGAAUCAGGUCACUCGACUUUAACAAAAAAGUCAUCUCGUUUGACUGACUCCAAUAGAAUAUGCCAGAUUCCUCUAGAGUCACCUCCCCGUAAACAGCAACGUAUCAGUUGUUACGCUCAUGAACUUAGUUCCGAAACAAAAGAUUCAGAUGACUCCAAUGAAAUGCCCUCUUCCGUCACCCCUACCAUAAACAAAACUCCAGGUGUGCAACGUGAAGGCUGUAUUAACAAAGUAAUUGCAGAAUUCACGCUACUGAAUGUCGAACGUGACCUAAUUAUGAACUCAGUUGACGAUUCGAAUACUGGUUCAGUAUGUAUACCACCUGUUAAUGCCUGUUUUUCUUCUUCCUUCGAUGUGCACAGAGACUCCAUACAAUGUAGCCAACUCAGCUAUAGUACGGCUAAAAAGCGUGACCAUACAUCUGAAUCUCAGCUAGGCACAGAUUCAGAGGAUUCAGUACUAUUAACAUCACCGAGUGCUAGUUCUCAACCGGUGCCUAGAUUAAGCAGGAGACGAAACGCUACUUCUGUCUCCAUCUGGCCUUCAUCAUCGUUUCACAAUGACGGCACUCCUUUCUUCAACCGCCGUACUGGAUUGCCUUUACAAUCAUCUCCGGUUCCUCUCAAAAGAAGUACAAGUGGAAAGUUUGAUUUCGAUUUAUCAUUGAAUCGCAUGAAAACAUCUAGAAGCUCUAUUUGUAUGGUAUACAAUCAUAAUUUGCAAAAUUCCAGUGAAAUCAAUACAGAUCAUGUUCAAGAACCUUCAUCAGGGAUGGAAAGUUUAAAAUCUGACAAAAAAUUCAAUAAUAAUACUGAUAACAGUAGUAAUGAUAAUAAUGAAACUAAUAGCAAUAAAUCAAAUCAAACUAUUACAUCAUUUCGUCGACGACCAUCUAGUUUACGAUUUACAUCUCAAUAUCAAGAACAAUCAUUUGAACGUAAUACUGUUAAUAGUUCUAUCAUUGGUGGUUCUAAUAAUCGACAUACAGUAACAGGAGCAAGACGACGUAAUUAUCCUGUAGAAAUGGAUUCAAUUGAAUUAAGUUGUAGUGCACCACCGUCUGGAGGUCGUGGUUUUCAACCACAUAAAAAUAUAACAAGUCGUUUAGCAAAUACUAUGGCAUGUACACCAGUACCACAUGGUAGUUCACAACAUUUGCUAGUCAAUUUUGAAGAAAGUAUGCUUAAUGGACGUAUACAUCCAGUUGGACAAGUUGAAGGAUUUUCAAUCGAAUUAGGCGCUAGUGGUUCAUUCUAUCCAAAUCAUAUACGUCUUCCAAUGAAAGCAUAUUUUUUCAAUUUAUCUGAUGAUAAUGCACCAUCACCGUAUUUAGGCUAUGCUGACUUAAAACAAUUACCUAGUAAUAAAGGUUAUCAUAUACCGAAGAAAGGUUCUAUUCAAUUAACUUUAUUCAAUCCAACUGGUCUUGUAGUGAAAAUGUUUGUUAUUGUAUAUGAUUUAGCUGAUAUGCCACCAAAUUGUCAAACAUUCUUAAGACAACGUACAGUUUAUAUGCCAAUUCAACAACAUAAUCAAUUUCAUUCAUCUUAUGUAAUUUCCAAUUCAACACAAUCAACAUCUUUACAUAACAAUUCCACUUGUUCAUUUCAUAAACCUCAAUAUCAUUCAACACAUACUAAUACGAAUCAUUUAAAUUGUAAUAGUACUCCUAGUACAUCAAUGAUAAAUACGAAUGUAUCAAUGAAUAAUACAUUAUCCAAUUGUAAUACAAAUCAUUUAUGGGAUAUAUCAUCAAAAUCAUUAACUGAACCAAAUACACCAUCAUUUCUAUCUUAUUCAUCAUCAUGUUCAUGUUCGUCUAUUACAUCAAUUGGUUCAUUAAGUUCAUAUGGUUCACAGAAUGCUGUUAAUAAUAAUAACACUACUAAUAGUAAUACUACUACUACUAAUAAUACUACUACUGGUAUUGCUGGUGUGUCAUUGAAUACACGUAAUGAAUUACCUGCCUACUUACGAUAUCUAGUUCAUUUAAGGUAAUAAUAUCCAUUGUUUGUUGAAAAAAAAACAAUCAAGAUAAACUUUAUUUUCCUUAUUUUUCUUAAUAAUGAUUAAAUAAACAAUGAUCUAAACUAACUAACAACAUGAACUGGUUAAUCAUAUUAUUUAUAAAUAGAUCAAUAGAUUGUUUUUGAUUGAGAUCAUGAACCGAUUGAUGUUAGACUACUGUUGGAAACCUGGAAGCAAUGAACGACCGUUUCGUCCUAUUGUGGGACUCUUCAGCAGUGCCUAUCCACGAUCCCAUCUCGUGGGAUUCGAAUUGGGGACCCAUCGGUCUCACUCAUGAACACUUAACUUGUAGACUACUGGUGUUAUUUUUCUAAUAUAAAUACCUCACUACCGUCAACCAACAACAUGAACUGGUUAAUCAUGUUAUUUAUAAAUAGACCAAUAGAUUGUUGACAAUUAUAGCUCACAAUUAUUAUUUGUUACAUUUUUUGUGGAUAUUAUAGUAAUUUCAAUAGUUGAGAUCAUGAGUCAAUUCGAACUAGACUACUAUGGAAAUCCUGGAAGUACCGGACGGCCAGUUUGCCUUAGCAUGGGAUUCCUCAGAAAUGCGCAUCCACGAUCCUAUCUCGUGGGAUUCGGACCCAGGACCUAUCAGUCUCGCGCUUGAAAACUUAAUCUGUAGACCACUGGUGUUAGUUUUCUGAUGGAAAUACCCCACUCCCGUCACAUUAUAGCAUAGUCGAUAAUAGACUCCUCCAUCGGAAUCAAGUAUUGCUGCUUCAAGUCUUACCGCUAUUCAACUAACCUUCCUGGCCACGAUAUGACAGACAUAAAAGAACUUACGUUCCAGUCAUGAUCACUCAAUUUAUUCAGCAUGUUUUGCAAACUCAACCAACCACACACCGAAGUAGCAGCUACAACCAAUAUGUAUUUCGUUUAGUGUUUAUCAGUUGGAAGUUAUCUACAGGAAGUCUUUAUUAGCUUUGUUUUCAUGUCAGUUAACAUUCAUCAACUAAAAUGUAUCUGAUUUCCUGAAGAAGAAUUCACUCGCUCCUUCCGUUGGCAUUCAUACUUGUCGCUUGCCAGUCAAUCGUAAUCAACAGAAAAUAUGCAAGAGUGACAUUACAGUCAGUCACUAAGGACCUAGAACUUCGUACGUACGUACAUCAGUUUGAGUUGCCAUACCACAUCAGCACAGAGAUGCAGUUUUCGAUUCAAAUCCCGUAGUGGUAGAACUAGUAAGAGUAUAAGCAGUAAUCGGAAACAUUAGAGUUUGAUGAUGUUAUUCAAGGAGUAUAAUCCAGUGAUAUAAAUUUUGAAAGAAAAAAAACAAACGGACAUGAAGAAUUCAGAAGAUUAGAAUUUGGGAGAACACAAAGAGUGAAUGCACCUGCGCCAUUGCUAACAAUUUUGAGUCAUGCGUCAUUCAAGGUCUCUAACCAUCGAUUGUUAUCUUCUCGCGGAUCCCAACCAAGUAGUCUACACGUACCAACGUGGCUCAGUCCACUUGUCAGUGACUUCAUGGAUUUGUGCCACUACUUAACCUAUUUUGUGGUGUAUGCCACUUAUGUUGAUAGAUAUAAGUAGCAUGUAACACUAAGUGGAAGUGAAAACGCGGGCAGCAGAAAACUAAGAAGGUUAAAUUGAAGAGAAAACAGAAACGGAAAUAGAAUGAAAUUGUAAACUGGAAGAAUCAUACUGAAUUUGUAAGACAAAUGAUGAAAUUUUACCGAUCAAGUAUUCAAUGUAUGGUUAUCAUAUUUUACCAAAAGUUUAUUUAUGUUUGUUCGUUUAUGUGUAUGAUUAUCUGAAUUGUUUAUUCCUUAAAAUUGCUAAUCAUGAUUAUCACAUUAUAUGCACUUUUAUCUUGAUCUGCGUGCUUCUUUCUAUUGCACGUUCUCUCUUUCUCUCUCCGUCUCACACAUACACACUUGCACUCCAAGUAUCAUAAUACAUAAUCGGAUUAUGAUAUGAAUUCAUUCGUAAUUGUUAUGCGUAUGUGUGUGUUUAUCCACUUCGUCGUAAUUGACUUACUUUUAUCAAUUCGUGAUGAAAUUAGCAGUUAUAAACAAUGUGAUAUAUUGAUCACUUUGUUGUUCUAUUCCCCUGUUUCUCAAGUACACACACUGGAGGGUAAGAAGGUGUAUAAUUCAAAAGAAAAUGACUAUCAACACCUAUGUUUACACUUCUUAAUGGUAAAUCACGAGAAUUCGUUGAAUGUGUAUUCAUGGGAUCUCAUUUUUGUGAGUUGAACUCAGCUCACUUAUUUCGUUAAGUGGAACUACAACAUUAAAAUUUAAUCUACACUAUUGAAUUUAUGAAUUCACCUUGUAUGGAUUUAUUUGUGCUCAGAGAUAUCAUUUAAACCCCCAAAUGCCCUGGUACGAUUGAGAAUGAGUAGAGUCAGCUAUCCCUCUCAAAAUACUCUUAAAUGCUCACGUGCAUGCAACCACUGCUAGGGUAGUCCUACUCACUGCCUUCUCGAGGCGGGGGUAUGUUUUUACGAAAUUGAGAGGACGAAAUGCACUUUAACCGUGUUGGUGGAUAUGGAGAAUCCAUCCAGGGGAGUUGGAAAACCCUCAUUCCAAUCCAAUGAUACACAUGGGCUUCAAGAUCCUGAGGAAACAAAUCGCGUACGAACCAUAGGUUACCGGUAACAUUUUUCUAUGUUCAAUUAGUGUUUUAUUAAACAUUAUCACUAAGACCACCUCUAAUUCAAUGUCCUUUCCAGGUACGUUUCCUGACCGAGUGACUUUGGUCGUAACAGGAGAGUGAACUUCAGUUUUUAAGUAAUCUUUCGAAUUUAGAUUAAUACGCCUAAUCCUAACACUUCAAUCAGUAAUAACUCAAUCAAAUGUUAAACAUACUUAGUUACUAUUAUCGAAAUCCACCUAACCUUAAUUCUUCAUUGGAUAUUAUCCACAGAGCAAUAUAAACACUAAAACCACUUACUAAACAUGUAUUGAUUCGUGUACUCGGCUUUAAAUCACGUUAUUAGUAUGUGGAAGGUAGUGUUACAACUGUCUAGUGGUUGUUGAUCCGCUAAUUCAUUAAUUUAGACGAACCAUCAGUGAAUAAUUAAGGCCCAUCUUUAUGAAAGACCAGACGUUUUUUUCAGCAUAUUGCUAAAUCCAUGAAUGUUAUAAUUAUGAUGUAGGGAUUAGUUUGAGCUAUUUGCUAUGUUCACUAUCUGAUUAACACAUAAUACGGUAUACAACUACGGUACUCGAACAUAUAGAACACCACAGUAGCAAAAUGAGAAGACAGAAGGAAUCUAGAGAAGUAUUGGUUGGGUAAGAAUCAAUAUAUACAGAAAAUCAUGGGUAUUUGUAGAUAUUAGCGUUUGUUAAAUCAAUGUUAUAAUUCAACCAAUCCGCAAAGAGUUAUGCUAUGCUACUGUCCAUUAGUAGCAUGUCACAUUGAUAUUCUAGAAAGCUCUAUCACUUUCUGACUGGAUGGAAUCUCUUCGGCUCGUUUGAGGCCUCUAGAGUCUCUAUCAUAGUUCUUGUAAGUUGUUCCAACACUAUUCUUUAAAAACGUUAUCGUAAGUCAACAGUUUAUGAGGGAAAAGUUUCUUUUUCUUUUACAAGUUUUUCUAUCUGAAAAUUGAAAAUAUUGACUUGUAAGUCCAUGCAUAUAGAUUUAGAAUUUUUCACGUUCUCAAAUACUCAUAUAGUUUAUAAGUAGUCAGUACAUUGAUCCUAGUGACGAUUUUUGUUUAAUUUAUUUUAUACAUACAAUCUAUAUACAAAUAAUUGAAUUUUAUCUAAGAUAAAUGUUUUUUAUUUUCGAAUUUCGUCCAAGAAUUUUCUCGAUUCUGAUUGGCUUCCUAUAUACCUUGCUUUUACCUCAUAAUUAACCAAUAGGAUGUAAGGUCACAUUGGACUUCAUUCUGAUUGGUUAUUUCGAUAUACUUGAUAAGUAUUGAAUUAAUCAUUCAGAAUUAUUUUAUACAAAUUUAAAAGACUUUUUGAUAAAUUUUUCCAGAAGUGGGUUUUGUGGAGAUUUUAGUAAUUUAAUAGUUGAAUUCAUGAAUUAAUUAAAGCUGAACCAUCAUGGAAGCGAGCCUGGAAACACUAAACGACUGUUUCGUCCUAGCACGGGACUCCUCGACAGUGCGCAUCCCCUAUCCCACUCGCGAGAUUCCAACACAGAAUCUAUCGGUCUUUCAUGUGAACGAUUAACAUUUAAACCACUGGGUUGUCAUUCAACCAUGUUAAUAUCCAACUUUAAUGCAUCCAUGAAAUUGCUUCGACGUCCGUGAUUGUCUCAAUGAGUAACUUCAUCUACAAUAGAUUCGGUUGAAUUCCACUGGUUAUGACUUCUAAACGUUUCAAGAAAUUGGAUCAUUUGCUAGUCAAUUAAUAUAUAGUUUUUAUGUGAUAAUCUUGGUUUGUAUUCUAGAACAAACAUUAUAACUUAUUCUCUUUAUAUUCUCAAUUUUUGUUUUGUAUAGAUUUCAUACAACUCGUUCAGGUAAAUUAUACCUUCAUACAGAUUUACGUUUAAUAUUUUCACGUGAUAAAUUUGAAUUUGAUCCACGUAUAGCAACUUAUGAAUUACGUUCAUUUGUUGAUGCUCCAUCAAAUCCACGUUAUUCACCAAAAAAAUGGUCAACACGUCAUCAGAAUAUAACAAAAUAUCAAAAAUCAAUUCAUCAUUCAAAGAUUACAUAAUACAAAAAUGUUCUAAUUGAUGUUGCCUCAUUCGUUUUUUUUUCAUAAAUCAAUUCCAAUUUAAGAUUAUUGAAAAUUCAUUCAAUGAUUCGUUUAUUUUCAUAAACCUUUACAAGUAUCUAUAUCUAUAUAUAUAUACUCCCCCUUUACAUCUAUGUUUGUUAAUAUUGUUUAAUUGUUUGUUCAUGUGCAUGGGCUUCAGUUCUCUGUUUUCCUUUUUUGGUGUUUAUUUUCUUACUGUGAUAUUAUCUCCUUGGAAUAUUUACGUACACACCCACAUAUAUAUAUCUUGCUUUUUUACUUCUUUCUAUUCUUUAAUAUACUAACUAUAUAUCACCACACAGUUGUGCAUUUUUCUUCUUUGUGCCUAUAUAUUCAGUGGUUACGGUUUGACUGAAUACUACUACGACUACUACUACAGUGGUGUGGGUUACUUAUAUCCAUAUGAGUAAUAUAUAACGGUGGUCAGGCAUAAAAUGUAUUCCAGUAGAAGAUCAAUAAGGAAAGAACGAAAACGGAACACAGUUGAUAUGAAAAUACAUGAACAAUGAAAUCUGAGACAAUGAACUGAUAUUUGCAAAAGAUACAGUGAAGUUUGAGACAAUGGAUUGAUAUUUUGUAAAUGAAGUAUUUACUAUAUGGUUCUCAGAUUUUAGUAAGAUGCUCUGUCAUUUCGUGUUCAAAUACAUUCGAUUGUCUCCACCGGUGUUGUCGUUCACUACACUACUACUACUACUACUACUACUCUAUCGGUUUAAUAUUCAGUUAUAACGUUUAGAAAUUGUAUAUUACAUAAUAAUAAAAUACUUUAUUAUUAUCUUUCUGACUAUCGUUUAUCCAUCCAUCCAUCCAUCAUUCUGAUUAGUUUGGGAGAAUAUUCACCUUUUUACACUAUGUGUUUUUUUUUCUCUCUCUCUCUUCGAAUAUUCCACACGUUGAUGAAUUCCAUACAAACAUAUACCAUUUCAUAUAAAGUUACAAGAUCCUCUAUGAAUAAGAAUUCAAUCAUAUAUCAUGUCUAUAUACAAGUGAAUGAUUCAUUUCUUAUCAUAUUGGAUAGGAUUGGAUUUACAAUAUUUUAAUGUAUAUACUACUAUUAUUAUCAUUCAUAUUACCAUUGAUAUUGUUAUUAUAACUUAUAUCACUAAUAUUUAUUACGUUUUUGCACUACUUAAAUUUGUUAAUUAUUUGUAUACUUGAGCAUAUAUACCCCUCUGAAUAUACAGUUCGAUAACAGUUGCCAUUUAGUAUAAUAGUAUCUUAUGUGAACUCAUAUAUCUAUACACACAUACAGUGCUAGUCAAUGAUGUUUACGUGAUUUUAUUAUUACUUCUACUGUCAUUAAUCACUUAGCGAUUAGUUAUAGACUCGUCUUUUGUUGUUGUUGUUUAUUCCUGUUCUGUUUUAUUUUGCUUCUGAAGACUGGUUGUUUCUUUCUUGAAAUGUCUUUCUGUGUAGUUGAUUUGUUGUCCCAUUUUGUGAGAGGUUAUUGAUGUGUUUAUUGGAUUCUUUGAUACUUUUGUUUUCAUAUUUGUGUCUUUCAUCAUUGUUAACAUGUUUGAAGUGAACAGAUAAAAUGGUUUUUACCUGUUGGAUUUUCAUACAAUUUAAUUUAUGUGUAUGUAUUCUAUAUAUGGGUGUGUAUAUCUCUUAUUCAUUCCCAACUUAAUCACUUAUCCAUACAUUACGCACACAGAUUAGAUACUAAACUUAUUCAUAAUAAUGACAGUACUUACCCUCUUUUUUUUUCUCUCCCAAUUGUGUAAUGUUUAAUAGUUGUGACGGGUGUAUGGUGAUGAUGAUGAUGGUAACUUCACCUAGUGAUUAGUAAAUAAUACUAACUAUAUUGAUCAAUAAAUCGUUGAAUUAUGAUCAUCUAUGAUGCACUAGAAAACGAUAUUGUAACAGGAGAUGAGUUUCACACAUACAAACAUACAUGGAUCUAUUUACAAGAAUUGAUUUUUAUGAUCAAUUACAUUGUAUCAAGUUCUUCUUUCGUGAAAAUGUUUUGCAGACUAUUCAUUUAUUUGUUAAUAUUGUUUACAUACCUCUAUCUCUUUGUAUAUUUGGAUGUGUGCGCAAUUAGUUUGCAUUCUCAUUAUUGAUUGAUUGUUCAAGAUCAAUCAUUCAAUGUUAUGAAGAUGCUUGUUUGGUUCUCUGAUUCUUUUUUUUUUUGUAUGUCCAAUAAUCGAUUCAUAUACACACUCACUCACAUGCAUACUCAUUCGCUCAAUCACAUUCUGUGAUGCAACUUAUCUUGUUUGUAUAUCCAUGCCUUUACUCAGUACAAGAAUGUAUUGUUUAACUACCUUCAUUUAUGUGCUUCUUUCUGGGUUAUUUUGUUGCUGUUAUUUUUUUCAGUUUCUUUUUCAUUUGUUUAUCUACUGAUAUUAUUUUCUUUAUUAUUUGUCGAAAAAUAAUUGAUUGUCACAAUUCUUGUUGUUUUCUGCAAUUGAUCAGUCCCUUGUUGGCAUAUUUGCAUCCUGUACGGACUGCUUCGAUAUUGCCUUAAGUCACAAGCUUUAUAAACAAAGAUGGAUAGUGACUAGUAGUGGAAUCCAGUUCGACGCACGUUUCGUCCUAUUUGGAACUCGUCAGUUGGAUUUACCUGCAUCUCAGAGUUAAUGUUCACUCUGGGACUGGAACCCAGUACCAUCCUCGUCAAACGCCAUGGCGUUAUCCACUUAGAUACUGAGUCCUGAUAGUCACCUGUUUGUGCAAUGGGGUGAAGUUUAAAUUCACUUGGUGUUGUUUUAUUUGUAUCUUCCCAUUGUUAUUUAGGACUGCAAUUGAUCAGUCUCUUUUUGGCAUAUGUGCAUCCUGUGCGAACUGCCUCGAUAUUUCUCUUUAAGCUGUUGAUUAUAGAAAUCCAUAAUUAGUAAAUAGGUUAUGUGCUUUGAUGGUAUUAUUGUAAACACCAAUGAAUAAAUGUUACAAUGAAAUUAAUAGAAUAAGUACAAUACCAAGUGAACUCAAUACAUCUUGAGUUACAAUAUUCCCUCAUAACUUCAAGGCUUUCGUAUAUGCCCCAUUGUGAUGAUAAAGUUAGGGUAGGAUACUUACUUACGCCUGUUACUCCUCGUGGUGGAGCAUAGGCCGCCCACCAGGGUAGGAUAGACUUAAAUAGUAAUAAUAUGAUGGAUUGAUUUAUUAAGUUUUUGAACCCUUAAAUAUCUUUCAAGGAUCGUACAGUAAAAAUGUAGUUCACCAUGCUGUUAUAUAUAAACUUGUUCAGGAAAUUGACCGAUUGUAUUCCACAUUUCUUGGUCACAUUGUAUUAUAUAUAUUAUGAUUACUCAGUGGAAUAGAUGUGGACGCUAAACGGAACCGACGUUCCGUCUGUGCGCGACUGGUCCUUACAGAAUCCUGUCUGGUGAUCUCGAAGUUGGGCGUCUUUUGAGUUUUUCGUCCGGUUCAGCGACACUGUUGAAAACCUUUGGUGUUACCGAUAGUAGUGUAUUGCCUCUGUAGUUCUCACAAUUGCUGAGAUCUUUAUUUGGUAUCUUGAUGAGAUAUCCUUCUUUCCAAUCUGUUGUCACUUGUUCCCUCUCCCAAUUCUUCCUUCCUAGAGUGUGGUGAAUAUUUCCAGUUACUUCUAUAUCUGACUUUAUUUCCUUUAUUAAUAGUUCAGGCAAGAAACGCAUCAAUAGAAAUCUUGAUAAAUUCUUUUCUAGUAUGAGUAUACUAGUCCGUUUUCUGACUUAUAACAUGGCCAAUGAAACACCUAGACUUGCACAAAUAACCUUGAGCAACGGUGAGAUCAUUUUGACUUGUUGAUCCACCGAUGUGAGCGCUUACCUCUAUCUCAAGUCUUCAGCCCCAUAUGAAAACACAUCAGAAAAGUUUCUGUUAUUAUACUUCAACCACACAAUAUCUUUAUAUAUACCACAAUAAAGUUGGAAUGUGCCUACUAGUCCAAGUGGCUUUUUGAUUCUGAGUGGUUGUAGAUAGGGAGCGAAUUACGCUACAUGACCCAAGUCUCAUGCUAGUAGAUAUUCCUCAAUACAGUAUUUCUAAAGUCUUGAAGCAAGCAUCGCUAUUCAAAAAAUUUGAAGCCAUCUGAGACAUUUACUACUGGUCAAUUUUGUCUGCAACUAGUCUCCUGUAGGAUAAAUAUUACAGUAUUGCUUUAUCACUAAGUAGCAAUCGAUUGUUUGUGUAAAUUUCACUUUAACUGACACUAGUUAAAGUUGAUUUGAAUCCCAUGAAAUUCAACAGUACCUUGGAUAUUCCAGACACACUUUAAUAAAGAGUUACAACUAGCCAAUUCAUCAGGACUUCCUACCGAUUGCCGUAAAUCAUUUGACGUAUAUUAGUUACUUUUCAGUUUACAAACAAAUAAAUAGGGACAUAAAUAUUAUUGUCAUUACUCAUUAGUAUAGUGGAUGUUGAACCCAUCAUUUGAAGUAUUUUUAGUGCUUAAUUUAAACAUGAAUAUGCCCUUAGUCAACCAAACCGACUACGGCAUAUAUUUAUUCAAGCUUGUAGUGACCUACUUUUAUCAAGAGAACGCGAUUGGUUUAACGGAAACAAUUAUUAUUAUAACCAAUUGUACCAGUGAUUGUUUUACUGUACUUGCUUUCUUCCUUUGAUUGUGUGUGACCUUGCAUGAAUUCGGUUACGCUCAGUAACCACACUUGUACUCCUUUGUUACGAUCUCGGUAUUCUUUCGAUACCACGAGAUCGCCAACGAAUACAUCUCGACUACAACCAUCAACGUUCUUCUGAUAUUUGGCUUACGGGGGAUGUUAUCGGUUAACUGGCGCAUAGUCUUCUUGUAGUGGUGAUCAUAGUCAACCGCAACUUGACACCACACUACAACCUCUCAAAUAAACCCUACUGAUGCUUGUUCAUGUACAUGAAUUAUUGGAUAAACAUUUAAUAGAGUUGAAAACAGAAUGACCAUACUGAACCAUCCUAAUAUAAUCAAUAGAAGAAUGUUAUGAUUAAGAAGUGAUAGUGAUGAGUCAAACAUAGUUUUCAAAAAAAUGUAUUCUGAAAAUGAGUCAUCUCUUUUAUAAUCACCAUCAUAACAACAAGAUUUAUAUUAAAAAAUGUACCAUUUUAUAGAUGAAGAUGUUAAUAUGAAAGGUCAGACAUCUAUAAACCAUUAGUUCUUGGUAUUGAUUAGCGGACU